GGAAGAGGGAGAGGUACUAGCCACACCUGAGGUGGGCUGCUGUGGUGCCUGGCCACACUGGCUAACAGGGACCAGGGUAGUAGCAGCAAAGGAAGUCUGGGGCCUGAGACGACUCGCUGGAGCCGAGACGCGGGGCGAUUACGCAGGGUGUUAUGAGAAAGGGGUCACAUGCCCAUCUAUGUCGCCUGCAUGCGUCAAUAUAUGUAUGUAGGUGUGUGUGCGUCGAGGCAGAGUGUGCCGACAUGUGUGUGUUUAUCGGCUGCAUUCAGGUGUCCUCCUUUUUUCCCCUGGCCACACCCAGCAAAUGCCUACCGUGGAUGCGGGUGCCAAGCCGGUCGGUUAGGCGGGCAUCAAACCGACGCCGCCGCUGCCGCGUUCGAAGCAGCCCCUUCCGGGGGCUGCCCCCCCUCUCCUUCGCCUUGCUGCUGAGCGCGCUCUUGUCUGGCCUUGAACAUCAAGAUGGCGAAGUCUCGGAUUUUGCCGAUGCCGCCCCAGGCGAGAAGCGCGAAAAUCGAGACCAGGAUGACGACCACGACGCCGAUCACCACGUUUUGGCCCGGCACCAUCUCCUCGGUGUGUGUUAUUUUAUUUUUUCCCCUUUUGGCUCUUCACUUGUGAUGAGGCUGGUCAGGCUGGUUUGGCUGGCUGGUCGCGCGGUUCUUGUCUCCGGGUCACUGGUAGGCAAAGACGCGGCAAUCCUGAGGUAGUGCUGUUGGCGGAGAUAGUUCCGAGACGAGAUCCUGCAGACUUGAAGGGGGGAGGGAGUGGGAAUGGACGACGUUCCCGCCGAUGUUCCAGGUGUUUGCUCCUCCUUGGUGGACCAGCAUGUUGCCAGCGCUC